AACAACAAUGAACCGGAAACAGCAUGUUGAUGGAAAAUUGUAAACAACUUACUGUCAUAGUAAUUAGUAGUUAGUUAAAAGAUUUUUGCCAAUUAAUAAAUAAAUAAUGUCAUAUCAUCUUGUUAAGGAAAGUUUGUCACUUUUUGAUGACGAUUUAUCAUCACAAUCAGAAACAGUUAAAAAGAAGAAGUCAACUAAAUCUCCAAUGCAGUUAAUAAGCAGCAAGAAGAAAGGUGUGAAGAAAGAAUUGCACAGAAUAAAAAAACAACAAAAAAUGAAGUCUUUGAACAGUAAAAGGAAUACAGAUAAAAAGCUUCCAGAUGGCUUGAAAGAAGCAGUGGACUUCACAGAUAUGAGUGUCCAGUCAUUAUGCAGAAUAUCAAAGCUUAGUGCAGCAAAUGAAUCUGUUGCAAAAGUGGUUCUGAAGGAAAAAACUGGUUAUAAGAUUGGUGAAUUUCGGUGGACAGGCGGAACAAUUCCUCCGAGCACAACUCCUUCAUUUCUCAACGGAUUUCAAUGAAACUUUCACAAGAUUGGCACCAAGUGCCCUGGAGCAUAUUGGUGUUUGAGCAUCAUUCCUCCAGACAUAGAAGAAAAGGUGAAAAGGAAAAGCCGCCAAAAGCAAAGGAGGAACAAUCUGGAACUGCUUUUUCUGACAAAGAUUUUGAAGACUUUGCUAAGGAGUUUGAUUUCAGUAAAGCCAGAAAACAAAAAUGAAGACUGGUGUUAUUUUAAAUUAUGAAACUUUAUUUUCAAAAUAAAUCUUAAAGAUUCUCUCCAGUAGGAUUUUUAAAGCGCCCAGUUACAUAUGUGCACAUUGAAGAGCACAGGAUAUACUUCUGUGUAUACUUAUACAACUUCAUGAGCUGUUCACCAGCUGUUGCUAGAGUGAUAUAAUUGGGUACAAUUAUUUUCAAUUAUUUGUUGUGAACACUUAUUCCAUUGCUUUAACGUAAUAUGAAUAUUUUAAUGUAUUUUAUAUUGUUGUUUACUCUAAAGAUAUUGUUUACUGAACUGCUAACUUAAGGAUUGUAUGCAUAACAAUUCUUUAUUCUCGUGGCCAACUAAUGGUGCACAAUGUAUAUAUUGACAUGACUUUGUAUGUUUGUAUGCCUCUCCAUUUUUAGCUCACCUGAGCACAACGUGCUCAUGGUGAGCUUUUGUGAUCUCCUUUUGUCCGUCGUCUGUCGUGCGUUGUCCAUUGUGCGGCGUCAACAUUUGCCUUGUCAACUGUCUUGAAAUUUGGUCAGAAGAUUGGUCUCAAUGAUAUAUUGGAUGAGUUCGAAAAUGUUUACGUUUGCUUGAAAAACAUGGCUGCAAAGGGGCGGGGCAUUUUUCCUUAUAUGGCUAUAGUAAAAUCUUGUUAACACUCUAGAGGCCACAUUUAUUGUCUGAUCUUCAUGAAACUUGGUCAGAAGAUUCAUCCUAAUAAUGUCUUGGACGAGUUCGAAAAUGAUGCCGGUUGGUUGAAAAACAUGGCCGCAAGGGGGCGGGGCAUUUUUCCUUAUAUGGCUAUAGUAAAACCUUGUUAACACUCUAGAGGCCACAUUUAUUUUCCGAUCUUUAUGAAACUUGCUCAGAAGAUUUGUCCCAAUGAUAUCUUGGAUGAGUUCAGAAAUGGUAACCUUUGCUUGAAAAACAUGGCUGCCAAGGGUGGGGCAUUUUUCCUUAUAUGGCUACAUAUGGCUAUAGUAAAAUCUUGUUACACUCUAGAAGCCACAUUUAUUGUCCAAUCUUCAUGAAACUUUGUCAGAAGAUUCAUCCCAAUAAUAUCUUGGAUGAGAUCGAAAAUGAUGCCGGUUGGUUGAAAAACAUGGCCGCCAGGGGGCGGGGCUUUUUUCCUUAUAUGGCUAUAGUAAAACCUUGUUAACACUAUAGAGGCCACAUUUAUUUUCCAAUCUUCAUGAAACAUGGUCAGAAGUUUGUCCCAAUGAUAUCUUGGAUGAGUUUGAAAAUGGAAACCUUUGCUUGAAAAACAUGGCUGCCAAGGGGCGGGGCAUUUUUCCUUAUAUGGCUAAAGUAAAAUCUUGUUAACACUCUAGAGGCCACAUUUAUUGUCCAAUCUUCAUGAAACUUGGUCAGAAGAUUCAUCCCAAUGAUAUCUUGGACGAGUUUAGAAAUGAUGCCCUUUUGUUGAAAAACAUGGCCGCCAGGGGGGGGGGCGGGGCAUUUUUCCUUAUAUGGCUAUAGUAAAAUCUUGUUAACACUCUAGAGGCCACAUUUAAUAAAUAAUUGUCCAAUCUUCAUGAAAUGUAGUCCGAAGAUUUGUCUUAUUGAUAUCAUGGAUGAGUUUGAAAAUGGUUACAUUUGCUUGAAAAACAUGGCUGCAAAGGGGCGGGGCAUUUUUCCUUAUAUGGCUAUAGUAAAAUCUUGUAACACUGUAGAGUCAACAUUUAUUGUCCGAUCUUCAUGAAACUGGGUCAGAAGAUUCAUCACAAUAAUAUCUUGGAUGAGUUUAAAAAUGAUGCCAGUUGGUUGAAAAACAUGGCUGCCAGGGGGCGGGGCAUUUUUCCUUAUAUGGCUAUAGUAAAACCUUGUUUACACUUUAGAGGCCACAUUUUCCGAUCUUCAUGAAACUUGGUUAGAAGAUUUGUCCCAAUAAUAUCUUGUUAUCUCAGGUGAGCCACUUUGGGCCUUUCACGCCCUCUUGUUGAAUUUAUUUACUAAAAGGAAUAGUUCUUUACUUAACCCUUUACCACUAAGAUACGUAUUUUCACGCGUUUGUAGUCCCUUAGAAAGUUAUGUUUAAUUUAAGACCUUUCUUACUAUAUUCAAGUUGUAAAGGCUUUAUUUCCAACCCUUAGAUACUGAUGAGCAGCAAACAACAUAUAACCUGAACAGACUGCAAGUUACUCGCAGGCUGUUCUGGUUUUAUGCUGUUUGCACAUAGCCAUUUUCAUUUGCUUCUGAGUGGGAAAUGGUUACAAUGCUUACCAAAAUUAUGUUGUAACACAGAUGUAGAAAUAUCUUGUUUCAAAGAAUAUUAAGGUAACAUGGCAUGUCGCGUGAUGUGUAAAAAGGAGGGUCCGUGUCUUACACAAGACCACCGCAUAACGGGUGCCACGCUCGACUGCGGACACACGACGACGAACACGACGAGUGGCUAUGACAAUACCUCGGGUUUUCUCCGAAAACAGCCGAGAUAAAAAUUGUUACUGUUCAGUUGCUGUAACUGUCCUUAUUGCAUAUUCUUGGAAUCCUUGAAUGCAUCAGUCAUCAACCCACCAGAUUGCUAUUAAACUUCACAGAAAUAA